GUAUACAGACGCCUAAGCAUUAUGUGUUGAAAAAUUCUAAAAUUUAAAAAUGACAAUAUUUCUGACUGUUCUUAUGGUUUUAUUAUUUUUGUGGUUGUAAAAUAAACAUUUGCAAUGUAAAUGUGCGAAAAUUGCUCACAGCAUAUUUGAAACAACCCGCCAAAUUUUAUCGAAGUGGCAACGUUAUCUAACUCAUAUAGCCGGACUGUUGAUAGAGUCAAUAGUAGUGGCAACGCUUAUGCUAGAAAAAUAUAAGAAUCGCACGAGGUGCCGAUUAUAAACUAAAUAUUUCGUAUAAAUUAAAUAAAAAGAUCUAAAAUUGUAAAAAUGGCUGAUGCAGAACACGAGGUCAACGGCACUGAAGUGGAGGAUGACGAGCAGGACAACAGUCAAAAGAAGUCUGAUGUGAAAAGACACGACGGCGGUGCGGCAGAUCUGGAAAGAGUUACGGACUAUGCCGAAGAAAAAGAAAUAUCCGCUGCCAAUAUUUCCAGCGCCGUAGAGCAAUUUGGAAACCAGCGCAAUAAAGAGAAUGAACUGCGAGUGGCCAAGGAAAAAGAGCUACAAAAAGUCCAAGUCAAGAAGGAGGAUAUAGAGUUGAUUAUGAACGAAUUGCUGGUCAGCAAGGCGCAAGCCGAGAAAGUUCUGCGGGAGCAGAGUGGUGACGUGGUGGCUGCCCUGGAAGCCAUCAUCAGCAACUAAGUUACUCCCGGGAUCCUGGCGUCUUGGCCAACCGCUCGUCUGACUUUUUACGUAGCAUAACAACACUGCUUUAUUUGUACAUUUAUAAACUCUAGCGAAGAAGAAGAAAACCCAACAAAAAAUUAAAAAAUCCAAAAAAACCAA